AUGAGGUUAUUAAAUACAAAGACUCUUGAGCUCGAAACCUUUGCCACCGAUGAGGACGCACGCUAUUCCAUAUUAUCUCAUACUUGGCGAGAUGGGGAGGUAACAUUUGCAGAUCUCCAUCAACAUGACAAGCGAACAGGAGCCCAAGGGUGGGAAAAGAUACGUCGAAGCUGUGAAAUAGCUUCUGAACUUGGUUUUGACUACAUAUGGAUCGACACAUGUUGUAUCGACAAAACUAGCAGCGCAGAGCUGUCAGAGGCCAUCAACUCAAUGUUCCAUUGGUACAGGCAAGCUGAAGUGUGCAUCACGUAUCUCGAUGACUUCCCCUUCGCCAAAGACGAGACAACGGUGGGCCCUGAGAUUGAGCAGUGUCGCUGGUUUUUCAGAGGCUGGACUUUGCAAGAACUGAUUGCUCCUCCAGAGCUGCGCUUCUACUCGAAAGAAUGGAACUUUAUUGGCACAAGGACAUCUCUCAAGGCCGUCAUCGCGAAGGUCUCCCGCAUUCCUGAAGUGAUGCUCGAAGCAGAUAUGAAUGGUCGAGGACGAAGACUUGAGGACUUUUCGGUCGCAGAAAAGAUGAGCUGGGCCGCCAACCGCAAAACUACUCGACCGGAGGACAUGGCUUACUGCUUGCUUGGAUUAUUUGACAUCAACAUGCCUUUGCUUUAUGGAGAGGGUCGAGCCAAGGCGUUUAAGAGGCUCCAAGAAGAGAUUAUCAGAUCCACAAACGAUGAUUCCAUUUAUGCCUGGAGCUAUUCCAAAGGACAAUCCAUGAAGCAGCAUUUCUGGGGCCUCUUGGCUGACAGUCCAUCGGCCUUUGGACAGUACCGUGAGAGUUUUGUCAUAAAACCAGCGAGAUAUCUCGCACGACGCUCAAAUCAUGUGGCCACAGUCUCCAAUCGUGGUCUCAAUGUGGAGCUUGCCAUUGCGCCUGUCCCAGGUGAUAAAUCCGGCACCAUUUUCAUCGCCGUGUUAGACUGCGACAUGAUGCAAUACCCAUCAGAGGUGUGCACACCAGCCAUUCUCCUCCAAAAGACGUCGUGGCACAGCGAGUCCGAGUUUGUCCGAAUACGGCCAGACUACCUGCUCGUGAUGAUGGAGAACUACAUCAUGACGCCUGAAGACGGUGAUAUAUGGGCUAUUAUACGUGACGGCAACCGUAUCCCGGAGGCCAAACCGCGACAGAUAUUCAUUCCACAUAAUCUGUCCGCCACGCGUCCCCCACAGGGUAUCAUUUUUUAUCCUCAAAUAGAUCAGGAUGGAUCUCUGCAGCCCAAAGAAUUACCUCCUGUCGAUGUUCUCUGGCAAUCCGGUGAAUGGAUGUAUUUCAACGAAGUAUUGCCCACAGUUAAAGCAGCCGUUUCGCUCGGCGGCCUUCGGUUUGACCUCCCAGACGACUCAUCGGCAUAUGAUAAGAAAGAAUUGUAUGUAUUGAACUUUGACUAUUCCUCCGAUCUAGGGGUCACUGAGCCUACAAUGGCGAAGAUGCUCGGUUCAUUGGAACUCAAGAUCCCGCACAAUUAUGACUACUGGAAGGUGUGCCUGAUAACAGGGCUGGAGCCGCUCCCGCCGAAUCCAUUUGGCACUCCAUCGCUGUACACUGUGCCGUGGUACGCAUUUGAGACGAAAAACAAGGUCAUGGCGGGAAUGCUGGAUAAUGUGCUGAAUAAGGAAAGGAGGCGAGGGUGGUUUAGUCCGGGGGCAGCCAAGAAGUUUCUAGUGGCCAAGUUUGAUCUAGAGAGUCGACACUCGAGGCUAUUCUAUCGUGUGGUGUUACAGAUGGAAGAUACACGGUAAAUACUGUACAAUUCAAUGAAAUAUGCAUAUGAGUAUAAUCAUC